AUGAUAAUCUAUCCAAAUAUAAUAAUCAAUUCAGGUGUAAAAAAUACUAGAGAUAGUAAAGUAACACUAAAAAAUAAUCAAGUAAUAAUGAGGAACUAUACAAAUAAUAAUAAUAAAAAUAAGAAAACCAAUGAAAAUAAUAGCAACGAAGAAAAUAAUAACCAGAUUCAAACAAUUUUAAAGAAAUAUAAUAAUAAUAAUAAUAAUAAUAAUAAUAAAAAUAAUAAUAUUAAUAGUAAUAGCGGUAAUAGUAAUAAAUCUAUACAUGAAUCAACACCAAAUGAUAUACCAGCAAAUAUACCAAGUGUAAAGAAUUUAGGUAAACAAUAUGAUUCAAAGGCAGCAGGUCAUUUAAAUAAUCAAAAAAUUUUAACUGCAGGUUCAAUUUCAUCUUCAAAUUUACCAAACCAAAAUAAUAAUGGUUCACCUUUAAGUUUAUCAUCAAGUUCAAUUCAAGAUAUACCAGAGACUGUGAAUGGGUUAACAUCGUCAAUUGUUGCAAAGUUUUCAAAAGGUGAAAAUUUUAAUAAUUCAUCAAUCGCACAUAAUAAUAGUAAUACAUUAAACCAAUCAACCUCAUCAAAUUCUACACCGGUACAAUCACCAAGAAAUUCAACUGAAGUAAAUGAAAAUAAUGAUAAUGAAAUAAAUAAUAAUAAUAAUGAUAAUAAUAAUAUUGAUAAUAAUAAUAAUAAUAAUGAAAAGGAACUUGAAAAGGUUACAUCAAAUAAAAAAUCAUCGUUUAUUUCUUUUUCUUCAGACUCAACUUUUACCAAUAUCGACAGUGACACUAAGCAAAAUGAAAAUUUAGAAAAGUCAAGCGAGAUAAUAGAAUCAACAACCCAACCAAAUAAAGAGAGUGACGAUAAUAAUAAUGUAACAGCAAAUGGUUUUCCAACUCAAACAUCAUUUAUUACAGAUAAAAGCAAAAGAUUAUCAACACCACCAUCUUCAAUUACAGCAUUCACAACAAGCAGAAAUUUCCAAUCACAUAGAGUUGCCGGUGACUGGAAAGAUAGAAAAUUCUUUACACAAGGUUCUACAAAUAAUUUAAAUACAUCAGCAAGAAAAAAUUUAAUUGGUGCUAGGGAAGCAAUUAAUAGUAGCAACAGUAGUGUUACCACAAAUAAUAGUAAUAUGACAAAGAGUAAUAAUUCAAUAUGCACAGAUGAAGUUGGAUCAACAUUAAAUAAUGAAGAGUUUGGUAAUGCUAAUAACGAUGGCGGUGCUAGUUCAAGUGCAUGUAAUAGUAAUAGAAGUUCCAUAAAUUUAUCACCCAAUAUAAACUUUAUUAAUGAAUCAUCACCAAUUUCAAUGACACCAAGAUCAACCACACCAUCAAACCAAGCAUUACUUUCAUCCUCACCAUUCUCAUUAUCAGCAUCACCAACUAAUAGUACUACAAAUUUACCAACAUUACCAACAGAUUUUAAUAUUACAGAAAAUAAUAGAUCAUCAAAUAAACCUUUGGUUGAUGGUGUUUUUUCAUUAAAUGAAGAAGAUGAUGUAAAGUUUUUAGUUAAAGCUUUUAAUAGUAGGAAAUUAAACCCACACAAUAUUGAUAGAAAGAGUAAAAUAUCAAAACAAGAUGCAGAAUGGAUUACAAAAAAAUUUUAUGAUAGUGAUCGUACCUCCAAAUUUAUUUUAAGUGAAAGCAGAAAUACAAUUAAACCAACAACCGCAGCUAUUAAUAAAGAUUCAGCUUUGGUAACCAAUAAAAACGUUAAAGAAGGUGAAGAAAAUAAAAUAUCAGAAAAAGUAAAAAUAAAUGAAAAUAAAGUUUUAGAAAAUAAUAACAUUAAGGAUUCAUUAAAGUCAUCACAAGUCUUGGUAAACAAUAAUAAUAGUAAUAAUAGUAAUAAUAAUAUUUUAACUGGAAGUCAAGAGUUUUUACAAAAUGAAGACCCACACAGCGCACCAUCAUACAGAUUCUUAGAAGAGGUUGGAAAAAAGAAAUGUAUUUCAGCAGAGCCAUCAAGAAGACCUGGUAUUAAGACACCAUUGUUUUUAAAUGUACCCACUUUAGCUAAUCCAACUCAGUUUCAUCAAAUUCCACCAGAAAGAUUAUCAUCAAAUCUUUUUUCAAUAUCUGUCGAAGAAAAUUCACAUCAGGAUAAUCCAUUACUUUAUAAUCAACAAAUUAUUAAUAGAGUUGCAAACGAUAAGGAUUUGUCUUAUCUUUUCUUCCCAGUUUUAAAAACUUCAACAAAUAUCUCAUCAUUAAAUUCAAUAUCACACUCACAACCAUUAAUUAGUAAUAACCAUAAUAAAAAUCCAACCAAAAAGAAUAAAAUUAAUAAAAAUCCAACAAAUAACAAUAACAUCAUUGGUAGUAAUAAUUCUCCACCAUCAAAUACAAUCAAAAUCAGUCCAACUUCUCCUUCAAUUUCAAAUGCAUCGUCACCCAGUGAUUUCACAUUAUCACCAUCACCUUCACCAUGUACAUCUCUUUCCCCAUCACCAUCUUCACCACCAUUAAUUGAUUCUCCAUUUAUAAAUAAAGAAUCUUCAAUUCCACAGGUUCCCACAAAUAAUACUGCUACUACAACAACUACAACCAAGGAUAGAAAAUCACUUUGGAAUUCAAUGAAAUCAAGCAGUAAACCCCCUCUAUCUCCACCAGCAACUCAAGAAUCACCACCAUCAUCAUCACCACCAAUAAAUAUACCCAAUAAUAAUAGUAAUAAUAAUAAUAAUAAUGAAAAUAAUAUUGAUAAUAGUGCUAUUACAGAAAAUAAUAUUGUUGUUACAACCAUUUCAAAAUCAACAAGAGAUUUAGAGACCAUAGUGGCAGAAGAGUUUAAAAAUAGAGAGGAUAUUUUAUUCUGUGCACAACAUUUAAAAAUGAAUAGAAUCAAGGUUAGACAUGCAACAUUAGAUUCAAUGAUAGAUUUAUUAACCAAUCAUAGAUUAUCACAACCAGACUUGGUAGAAUCAUUUUUACUUACAUAUAAAACAUUUACCACUUCAGUUUUAGUUUUAACAAAAUUAAUUGAAAGGUAUGAGUGUGAAAACCAACCAAAUAUUACAACACCAAUAAUAGCAUCAACAAAUGAAGAGGAAGAGGCAUUAGAAGAAAAACCAAUUAUGAAUAGUAAUAAAACGAUAAAGCUAGGUGUAUUAAAUAUAAUUAAAUGUUGGGUAGAUAGACACCAUUACGAUUUUGAAAAUAAUCAAGCACUGUUAGACGCUAUUAUUGCAUUUUUAGAAGGUCCAGUAGUAGAUGACGGUAUGGAGAAAGUUUCAUCAAUUAUUUUAAAGACUAUUGAUCGUAAAAUUGCAGAGGCAGAGAUCAAGCGUUUAGGUAUUUCAACAUACAAUGCAAAUGUCAACAGUAUUUAUUGUAAAUUCCCACCAUCAAUUCUACCAUCUUUAUCAAAACCAGAUCAAGUUCCAACUCUUCAAAACUUUGAUGAUUUAGAAAUUGCAAGACAAUUAACAUUAAUCGAACACGAAGCUUAUUCAUUUAUUAAACCUAGCGAAUGUAUUAAUUUGGCAUUUAGCAAAGCUGACAAAGAAACUAAAGCUCCUAAUAUUAUUGCUAUAAUUAAAAGAUCAAACUUAUUACCACUCUGGGUUGCUACAGAAAUCGUACAAGAAGAACGUUUGGCCAAGCGUGCUAAUUUAAUUAAGAAAUUCAUCUCAAUAGCGGAUCAAUGUAAAAAUUUAAAUAAUUUUAAUGCUGUUAUGGAAAUUCUUUCAGGUCUCAAUUUGACUCCUGUUUUCCGUUUAAAGAAAACUUGGGAGACUAUACCUAGAAAAUAUUUAGCAACUUUUAGACACUUAAAUUCAUUAAUGGCACCAAAAUUCAAUUUCAAGGUUUAUCGUGAUGUUUUACACACUAAAAAUUUACCAUGCUUACCAUUUUUAGGUGUUUAUUUAACAGAUUUAACAUUUUUAGAAGAAGGCUCUUUCGAUCAAUCUGAAAGUGGUUUAAUAAAUAUGGUUAAAAGAUCUCAAAUUUCAAAUAUAGUUCAAGAAAUUCAACAAUAUCAACAAUUAUCUUAUUGCUUUACACCUGUGCCUGUAAUCAGAGACUUCCUUUUAAAUAUUGGUGGCUUACAAGAGAGAGCACUUUACAAACAAUCAAAAAUAAUCGAACCAUAG